GUGAAUUAUUGGAUGAAGUGAAACGAUGGCAAGCCAAGAAUGUAAUAGAAUUGGAGUUGCGACGUUCGUCACUUUAUGGCUUGGAUUCAUGGUUGUCGCACAGGCAGUGAAUGCCGCCGUGGAAAUUGGUUGCUACCCCAUCGAAAAAGCGAGUCCAAAAUUCUCGAUGUCUGGAGGGAACUACGAUCCUGUCACCGUUAAACAUGAAGACUGUAUGUUUGCUUGCAUUCUAUUGUCUGCUACCUACUCGGGUCUGCAGGCCGGCCAUUGUCUAUGCUCCGACACCGCCUACCUCAUCAAUCCAUCGGCGGACUGCGGCAUGCAGUGCCCCGGUGAUCCACUACAGAGCUGCGGUAAUGACACCCACAUCGCUGUGCCUACUGACACGCUACCCGUCACGCCACCAGCCGUGCAGCUUGAAGAGUUUGCGGGCCCUAUCAUCGCAGGGCAGACCGUUGAUCUGACGACAGAAGGUGUUGUUAUCGGCAGUGGUGAUAUCCAGUUAGGCAUUGAGCCUGGCGAUGGUAGCAUGACCAUGUGGUUGGAUUCCACUCUGGUAGCCAGUCACAAAUUCCCGACUAGUGGUCGUUUCCUUACUGUUGUGACAGCACGGAAAAAUCUGUUGAUCAACGCAUAUGAUGCCGUCGCUGUUACCGUUGCCAUGGAAGCAGCCGGUGUUUGUCUUCAAUGCCCUGUUGCUGUGGAGAUAGGAGAACCUUUUGUCUGCACUGUAGAGGUUAUACUUGGUUCGGAUGUGACCCUGACGAUGUCGGUCGACGAUAUGGACUUUCUAUCUAUGUCUCUUGGAGGUCCCACGUUCUCUUCACUCGGAGUGGUGGGCGUGAACGGUUCCCAGACUCCAGCAACCACCUCUACGUGGAUUUUACCGGUGACAGAAUCCUUAGGGAGAACCAGACUGCUUGGAAUAGAGGCGCUGAUUUCAGAAGUUGGAGACGGAUCGUUCACACUCUUGAUUUUGAAGCCAAAGUGCGGAACUGGUGCUUACUGUCCCACCAAUAAUCUCUGCCGAUCUGAAUCUGAAUGUAAUUAUAAUCCUACUUGGCAUAGUAACCCCGUUGCACAGGAUACUUGCAAUAAUGCUGCCCCUCACCUGUACUGCCUUCCUAAGGCUAGCUGCUCAGUGACAUCAGACUCUUGCUCAACCAGACCUGUCAGGUUUGACUCUGAUGCCAUUAGUCCAGACAGACCCUCAUACGAGGUUGUCCAGCUUGUCCCGAUGCAGGUCACAUCCCCUGGGCUGUUUUACUACAAUUUCAGUGAUACUUUGUGUGAGCUGUUUGCCAUGGAUGUUGGGUACGUUCUUGGGUUGGGUUUUGGAGUAGGUGGAGCCAGCAUCAGUGUGGAGACAAACCCUGAGCAGAACACCACCGCCCCUCCAGAAUAUAAAUCAGCAAUCAACCCUACAACUCUCACAGUUGGAGGAGAUCUAACAGUCAGCAAUUUCCAGCUUGAUCCUGCCCAGCACCUAAUGAGAGCUACUGUUGUGGAUCCGCUAGUCAGCCAACCACAGAUAAUCUUGACAGCUGUGGGUGAUUUUAAUGUGACAGCGACAGUGACUAACAGCAUCAUACCAGCUGGUGUUGUGGACAGGGUUAAUGUAACUGGGCUCAUUGCUAUAAGUGGAUUGCAAUACAGACAUUUCAAACCAAUUGCCCGUCCAGGGCAAGAAGUCAACAUAGAGAUCUCAGUACUGAAUGGCAGUCAUAUCUAUUACACCUUGGACUGGGGAGAUGGCCAGCAGAACGAAACAUACACACCAGACUCAGCCUCCAUUAACCAGACGCAUUCCUAUGGCUCUGCUAAUACCUAUGAGGUGAACAUCCUAGCUAGUAACCUAAUCAGCAACGAGACACUGGUUGUCAUCAUUCACGUCCAGAAUCCAGUUCUCAAGAAUCAUUUCCAGGUCACUCUGCCGACCACACAAGCUGUUGAGGGGGAUGGCACAGCCACGCUUACUGAGUUGGAGAUAACUGUAAGCAACGCACUCGGUGAACCCCUUGCUACCAAACCUCAAGCCACAGUCAAGUGUCUGGACCAUGUGUCUUGUCCACCAGCCAGAACUGUUGACCUCUCAACUUUGACCUCCCACAACCAGAAAUUUUUUCAUAGCAUGAAUUUCACCCACUCCGGUACCUACAAAAUAAAUGUCACCAUCUAUAAUUUGGUCAGUGAGGAAUUCUAUGAAAUGGAGGUUACAGUUUAUGAGCUCUUGAAGGGAGUGACAUCUCUCGCUAUGUACAAGCCGUCCAAAUCAUUGAGCUCUUCACCUCGUCCUGGCCAUGGUCCAUUAAAUGAUACCUUCCCUCUGGAUAGACCUGUCAUUUUCAACAUGGAUUACACAGCAGGUUCUGAGGUGGAAUAUGUCGUGGACUUUGGUGAUGGAUCAGCUUUGGAAAACUACACACACAAAGAGCUCGAAAACAACCCUAUUGACCAUAAAUUUCCAUCGCUUGGGACCUUCACUGUUAACAUAACUGCCAGUAAUCCAGUCACACCUGGAUUGGAAGUCAGAACCACCAUUCAUACCUUACGGCCUAUCCGUGGCAUCCGCAUCAUCGACUUAGGUGUGUCCAGAGCCAAUGAGACCAGGCACCUGAAUGUGACCAUACAGGACAAGGGAACCAACUCCUGUGUGGUGGUAGAUUUUGGUGAUGGUUCAGCCCAGGAAGCCUAUGGUCAUUGUGGUAAUCAUUCCAACCAGCAUGGCGAACUCAAAGAGUUAUUUAGUCUGCAGCAUGUUUUCCGUAGUCAAAGUAUGUAUAUAGCCCGGGCUAGUGGUUGGAACACACUGUCUACCGAUAACACCACCAUCUCGCUCCCUGUCUCUGAGGCUAGGAAGUACUGUGGUCUACCUGAGGUCAGUAUCCAGAAUGGUAACCCAGGCUGGUGGCUACCAAAAGUCGCACUCCGAAAAGAGCGCUUAGCUUUCCAAGGGGUCACCAAAGUCAACUGUUGGUUUACGGAUAACUCCAAGGAGUGGAUUCUAGAGGAAUUAGAUCCACAAAGCGGUACCCUGCUGAAGGACCAACCUAAAGUGAAGAAACUCAAUGAAGACACCUCAACGCUCCUCAUUGAAAGCUUUUUUCUGGACGUGGGCUUAUACCGUUUGGGUUACAAGGUCACUAUGAACAAGACACUGACAGAGAACUUAGAGUACUCCUCCAUUGGUUAUGACUACAUUGACGUGCAACGCUCACAACUUAUUGUCGGACUCAUUGAAGGCCAGAUGACUUCUGUUGUCAAGAGCUUUGGUAGUGUGUUGAAUCUUAUCCCAGGAAAAGUGUCCAGAGAUCCUGAUGUUGAACCAGGUGGUGAGCAGGGAUUUGAGAAAAUCCAAUAUUCUUGCCGGCGAGUUGGAGAGAACUACCCUUCUUUUGAUUACUAUGUGGAGAUCCCUGAAACAAGGCCAGAAAAUUACACCAAGGAAGAUGAUAAAGGUGGCUGUUUUGGGACAGGUCCAGGUGUUUUGAACUCCACUCUUCCAGCUUUGAGUUGGAAUGCGUCUCUCAUGGAGACAAACAUUCGUUACGAGCUCCUGGUCAUCAUUAAGAAGGACAUUAGGAGGGGUAAUUUCAGCUUGGUUCUAGAACUUCGUGAGGGUGAUCCACCACAGGCAGCUAUAAGUAUUGGUCGUGGUACUAUCUACAUGCAAGGCGAUGGUGCACAAGUUAUCAAUCCAACGGGAAGUGUGCGACUAACAGCCUCUUGUAAUGAAUUCUGCAGUGGUGUCCGUUACACAUGGGACAUACAGGCUUUGAAUGGUUCAGAUAGUCGCAUCAAUUUAACAAAUUGGAAAAUGUGGACGUCAGGGGACUCAGAGUAUCUUUACAUCAAGAGGGAAUUCUUUUCAGCUUUUCCUGAUUACUCCCUGUUUGAGAUCACCGCCCAUGCCGUUAACUCUGAACGAGGCAGGGGUUAUGCCAGUAUGAAGAUUCGAUUGAAUGAAGCUCCGAUCAGUGGGCAGUGUACUGUGACACCAGACAGCAUCACGGCUGGAAUGUCUGUGGAUAUCAAAUGUACUGAUUGGCAAGACUGGGAGGGUAUAGCCGUGUACAAAUUCUUUGCUGAGACAGCCGCAUUUAAAGCAGUGCUUGUCAACUCGCCUGGUACAACCUCUGAUGUAACCGUCAAGCCACCACUUGGCUCCGAGAGUAAUAAUUAUUCCGUCUCCUUAGGAGUGACUGCUGAGGACAGUAUUGGGGCAACGACCACUGUCAUAUUUGCUAACAUUACAGUCAAUCCACCUGUUGCAGGAUUAUCCAAAAACUUCAGCGCUGAGCAGGAGGCAUUGUAUGAAAUUUUGAUGUCAGAAGGCAAUCCAGAUGUCAUUAAUGCACAGCUUCUGUUGGAUGCAUCUUUGCUAUUGACAACCACUGCAUUGCCGACUGCUUCUUCUGACGGACCUAUUUCAGAGGAAGAUCAAAGAGCUGAACAAACUCAGGCAAUAGACAAAAUGGUAACCCUUCAAUCGUCAGUUAAAACGACAAGCUCAGACGACAUUAUCUUGAAGUCAAGCACUAUCAGCAUCAUAACUAAUGACACUUCAACUUUAUCUCUUGGUACUCUGAGUACCUUGUCAGGGAUUGUGGAUGAUAUGGUCAGUUUUGUUAAAAGUGACACCAAGACAACCAGUGAUGAAUCCAAAGUGAAUAAUGUUGGCAAGGGAAUUGUCUCAUUUGCCGGAAACAUACUGGCGGGAGUGAGCAAGUCAGUUACCAACCCUAUUGAUCCGGAAUACAAACAGUCAGUUCUGAGUCAACAACAGAACCAGGAAGAAUCCCACUUGAGAGCUGAGGCUGUCUUAAGUGAGAUGGAAGAUUCUAUUCAGCGCCUCUUCACUCAAGUCGUCGAUAGUAAGCUCCCCGGUGAGCAGCCAACCUUGCUCUCUUCUCCCUCUCUGAAGCUGAUGAUAAGCCGUCAGAAAGCAUCUGAGAUUGCCAACCAGACUAUUAGUGAUAAUAUAGGGGAGGUUGUGAUGCCUGGAUGGUGUGAACUGAUGGAAAAUGACGAGGACUGUAAUUUAAAUGAUGCUGUGGAUUUGAAGUUGCAGUCCACACCAAUCAAUUCCUACCGUUUUGUUGAGGGCAGCCAUCCUGACAGACAGGAUGGUGGCUUAGUCAACAUCACAUUUUUCACCAAUGACACGGCAGAAAUCUCGGUGAACGGCUCAUCCCAAGACAACCUCAUCAAUAUCAGUUUCUCUAAACUGGCUACCAGUGCCGAGGAGAAUUUCACUACCUUUGAAGUGACUGAGGGUAACUCCAGUUUCACGCACAGUUUCCAGGUGGAAGGAGCAGGAGAGAGUGUGUUCAUUGAAUUACGACCAGACAAUGAUUCUAUGGUCUAUGCACUUUUCAUAAGCUUCAACAAUACAGUAAUGCUUGACGAGUAUGAUUGGAUGUUCGUUCUCCCAAACAAAACUGAUGAAGAAACUGCCGAGUCUACAACCAGUUCAGCAAUAAUGCUGGCUUCUACUGAUUUCAUCUCAAAUAACAUUUCUUACAACUCAACAGCCGGUACACCACUAAGCUCAAAUACAAGUCUGCUGUCUACAGUAGACACUUCAUCAACAAAUCACUCGCCAGCAGACAAUGAUUAUUCAACAAUAGACAACAACCACACCAUCCCAGACAAUCUCAUUCAAACUCCCAGUUAUUCAACAAGACAGGAUCCAAACACUGAGACCACUGUUGCAGGACAAGACGGCCUUGAACAGAGUACUGGGAGUGUACCGACAGGACGCUGGCGACUUCUUGAAAUCCGUGAAAGUCCAAAUCCAAUGGCACAGAAUACUCCAAAUCCAAUGACACAGAAUCCAACAACUAAUUCCAUGUUUUCUACAACUACAGAUAACUUGUCAACGAUCAGUAAUUCCUCAAAUAUUUAUCAGCAUAUGAAUAUGCCAAAUAGUUCAGUUGAAAAUGAUACAGUGGCAUCAAAUAACAUCAGUGAUCCAGAUACCAUGCCCACCAAGCCAGUUUCCCAUACCAUCAUGUUUGGACCAAAACAUCACAAAGGCAAUCUAGGGAAAUAUUUUUUCCGUCUUGCUGAGUUGGCAGAAGACGGAACACCAAAAGAAAACUUUACUUUGAACUACUCCUUGAGGAUCCUGCAAGCUCAGUGCAGCUUCUAUCAAAUCAAGACAAAUCAAUGGAAUACAGAUGGAGUCCAGGUGAUCUUGGAUGAAAAGACCAACCUUCCAAUUUGUCAGACUAGCCAUCUGACUCCCUUCACAACAACAUGGAUCGUCAAACCUGUUCCCUUGGACUUUGAUUUGGCCUUUACCGAUUUUAACCCAGGGGAUCACGUCACUAUCAUCAUAACUUGCUGUGUGGUCUAUACACUGUUCUUAUUUAUCUUCAUAUGGGCUCGUCGGAAGGACAAGAAGGACGUCAUGAUGCUCGGAGUAACACCAUUACCAGAUAACAAUCCAAGCCACUCCUACCUUUAUGAGAUGGUGGUAGUCACUGGAAAGAGAUUGAAUGCUGGCACAGAGUCUAAGGUGAGUUUCACCCUAUCUGGAGAAGAUGAUGAAACCAAAUCAAGAUGCCUGGAAGAUCCAGAGAGGAAGAUCCUUCAGAGAGGCAGUGUUGACAGAUUCCUCCUGACGACAGCAAAACCCCUUGGACCACUUAACUACAUGCGUAUCUGGCAUGACAACUCAGGAAGCGGCUCGGCACAGAACUGGUACCUGAGUUACAUCGCAAUUCGAGACUUGCAGACUAAACGGCGUUACUUCUUCCUUUGUAAUGAGUGGUUUUCUGUGGUUGAUGGAGACGGACAGGUUGACCGACUUCUGCCGGUAGCCGGCAAGGAACAGAUGCAAGAAUUUAGCCAUGUCUUCUCUAGCCAGACAGGCAAACACUUCAACGACGGACACCUGUGGGUGUCCAUCUUUACUAGACCCCCAGGAAGUCGUUUCACCCGCAUGCAGCGCGCCAUGUGCUGCCUCAUGGCCCUGUGGCUUGAGAUGUUGGCUAGUAUCAUGUUCUAUAAAGGACCCUCAGGUGGACCAUCCGCUAAGCCCUUCAACAUCGGACCUUUCAGCCUAUCUCCAUCAGAGAUAGCAAUCGGCAUAGAGUCCAACCUGAUUGUCUUUCCCAUCAGUUUGCUGAUGGUACAGUGUUUUAAGAAGUCCAGGGUUCGUCGGAAGCGACCCUCCAGGAUCCAAGUAGCCAAGGAACAUCAGAAGAAGAGCAUUCAAGGAGGCAACAAAGUCUGUCCAAUGAAGACCAAAGAUGAUAUCUGUGACACGGUGUCCUCCAGAGACAUCUUCAUCAUCAGCAACGAUGCCAAGAUUAACAUGCAGCCCUCCGGGGGUUCCUCCACCCUUUGCCUCACGCAUCGGAAGAACCCUUCAGCCAAGCGAUCUCAGCGAUGGAGUCUACCCUGGGGGUGUAUCUACCUGGCCUGGAUCAUCUGUAUCCUGGUGACACUGACUGCUACAGCUUUCACCUUCUCCUAUGGCGUGUAUUUUGAAAAUGCCAAGACAACCAGCUGGAUUCACUCUGUGAUUAUCUCCUUCUUCUGUGGUAUUAUUCUGACCCAGCCUGUCAAGGUGAUUCUAGUGUCGCUGUUCAUUGCACUUGUCUUCAAAACACCCAGCGCUGAUGAUGAUGCAGAUCUUGAGGAAGAUGAAGAAGAUUGUUACCUUCAAGAAGAUGAAGAAUGGCUUCACACCCUCUAUGGAACGACUAACAUCCAUCCAGUGGCUGCAAGGGCUCCCCCAGAUCCUGACAUUAUAGAAAGCCAACGCAUCAAACGUGUUAAAGAACUGAAGAUGUACGCCAUCAUUCGGGAGAUUUUAUUCAGCAUCAUCUUCGUCUGGAUCUUGUCUGUCUUCAGCUACGGUAACCAAGAUCCUUUGGCGUUCCGCACCAAGGAUUCCUAUGUGAAACUGCUUGUCCGUGGAGAUGGUAACCAUACCUUCCUGAAUGCAACAAGUAUUCCCAAGUUCUGGAAGUGGGUCAAUACUGGUCUCAUUCCAGGCAUGUCUGCCGGCAUCUGGUACAAUGACCAAGAACCCAGUCCAGAUGAGAAAAACUUCCUAGGAGAUCGUUACUCCAAGAUUCUUGGCAAGGUCAUGUUCCGUCAGUUGAGGGUCCCACAAGGAGAUUGUGAAGUCAAUUACAAAAUGCGGGGAGUGAUUGCUCAGUGCAAUAUCGGUUAUUCGAUGGCUGCUCAAGAUGAAGCCACCUAUGAUACGGGAUGGACUCCAUAUAAUCAGAGUGGCUCGAGCCAUACAGAGUAUACGUUCACGGAUGGUAGUGAAUUGGAUAGUUACCCUGUAUGGGGACGUCAUGCAUUGUAUCAUGGUGGUGGGUACAUACACUACGUGGACACAGAGAAUAUAAACACCAUCAAGGCAGCUAUGGAUAAGAUGUAUAAGGAAGCAUGGAUUGACAGGUACACCAGGGUUCUGUUUAUCGAGUUCUCAGUCUACAAUGCUCAGACCAAUCUCUUUAGCUUUAUCAAUCUGAUGUUAGAGAUUUUACCUACUGGUGGCAGCUAUCCCAAUUACCGUAUUGAUGUGCUAAGGUUGUUGACGUACCACGAGGGUAUUGGUCUAGUUCGGGUCAUAUGUGAGGCUAUCUUCUUUGUCUUUAUCAUCUGUAUGACGAUCAAGGAGAUCUUUCUGAUCCGUAAAGAAGGCAGGAAGUACUUCAAGCUUUUCUGGAAUUUAAACGAGCUGGCUAUUAUCGUCUUCUCCAUCGUCACAAUGGUAGUGUACUUCUUCCGUCUCUUUGUCACCAACUCCCUGUUAGAUGCCUUUGCUAGAAGGCACAACGAGAGUCGUAUCAACUUGCAGUACGUGGCCUACUGGAAUGAGCUGAUCCGUUACAUGCUAGGCCUCUUGGUUUUUCUCAGUACUCUCAAGUUCCUGAAGCUUCUCCGUUUUAACCGUCGCAUGGGUCUCCUCUCCAGCACCAUUCGUAGCUGUGCUGAGGAACUCCUCAACUUCACUGUCAUGUUUUUCUUUGUCUUUGUAGCCUUUGCCUCGGCAUUCUACCUAAUCUUCUGUAACCGGCUUCUGAACUAUUCAGAUGUUCUUUUCACCAUGGAGACCAUGAUCACGGCUGUGCUGGGCAAGUUCAGAUUUGGCGAGUUGUUGGUGACAGAGAGUGUUCUGGGACCUCUCUUUUUCUUUGGGUUUACCGGCUAUGUCUGCUUCGUAAUGAUUAACGUCUUUCUGACUAUCAUCAUUGGGGCAUUCAAAACAGUCAAGGAGGACAUAGAGAACCAGUCCAAUGAGUAUGAGAUGGUGGAUUUCAUCUUGAGUCGCUUCAAGUCCUUCACAGGCAUUGGUGGAAAGAAACGCAAGGAAGAUGAAUUACUGCCCAAUUUGGAUGUUGAAAAGUACGAAGAAGAUAUUGCUAAGUCUCUGCCUAAUAAGGUAGACCAGCUCCUCAACAGGAUUGCUUAUGUCUAUUUUGACCAGGGCACCAUGAACGACUUCAUCAAGGAGGUGUCGUCUUUAGAGAAGAAGCAAGAGCAAUCCAAAUCCAGGAAAAUUUUCAUUAGUUAAGAAAGCUUGGCUUGAUAAUUUGAAGACUGAAAAAGGUUACAGGAAGGUCUAACAUAUUUGUUUGUGAUCACUCAUAAUAAGUAAGAAAUUCUUGCAAAUCUUUUCAGACUAAAGUCCACAUUUACUCAAAUUUCACUUCAACCAUGUUUAUUCAUUGCUACUAAUAAAAGAGGUACAAGUUUUAAACUCGAGCAAGGAACAGAGGCUUUCAGAUUGUAAUAGUAGUGGCAGAUUUAUUCAGGUUUGGAAACGUAAAAGUUAGAAGUGGAAUGUUGUAACCUAAAUUUGAAUUGAAUUUGUUGUAGCACGAGCUUCACUUCAAUCAAGGAGGAAAUGCUCAGAAUUGUCAGGGGUACAGUUGUUCUGAUAGUUGAAGGAAAAAACGAUUGUGUUGAAGACAAGUUAAAAUGUAUAGAAGUCUGUAUAUUAUUGUAAUUUAAACUUUAAAUACUUGCCGAUUGUCGCUUACAUUUAGACAGCAGGUUUUAAACACUUUUGAACAAUGGACAAUGUAUUAAUAUAGAUAUCUAUAUUUAGAAAUGUUACUUCAUACUUAUAUAUGUGAAUAAAGUUUGAAUAUUACUGUUUACUGAAUUUGCAUUUAUUUAUGGUUCGGUUUUGCAAAUACAUGUAUUAAAAGACGAAAAAAGUAGUGGAUAAUACUUAUUGGUAUAAAGCUGUUAGUAUAUUUAUUCAGAAAGAUAUGACAAAACUUAAAUUAUCAGAAAAUUAAUCUGAAAAAAUUGUGAAAUAAAGUCUGAAACUGUACAAAUGCCGUUUUUUCCUGUUAUAUGAAAUAAGUGCCUUUUGUGUGUGUUCAAGAUUAACAAACUCGUAUAAAUACCUUUCCGUUUAUCACGUUCAAUUUGUUCAGCAACUUUACCGAAUUCAAUCAAUACUGUCGAUACAACUGACAGAAAAUAAAUGCACAGGGCAACAGGCGAACAGUUUAUAGGAAAUGAGAGUUAUCAAAUGACCUUAGACAGACAACAAUGUUGAAGUAGAGAAAACCUUAUCAUACAGGCAUACAGAGUAUUAACGCUUAUUUAAAAGAAAAGGUUAUUUGACGGAUUAUAUGUUUCAAAAGCAGUCAUUUUGAUUGGUUCAUUUUGUUCCAUGAAUUACGGAAUGGCAGGAUUGUGUUGGCUCAAAACUUCUGAAUCCGAAGCCCGUUACUACAUUAAGAAGUUUGAGGUCAACAAUCCUAUCAAGACCUAUACCAGUACUCGAGAUCUGAGUUCCUGAUAUACAUGUAGGCCUAUCGGUGUGUUAGAUAUUUUAGGCGAUCUCUGUGUGGUUGCCUUUAAACAGUUUUGAAAUAAACCAAUUUUUUUGUGCUUGAAGUUCAAUA